CCGGACGGCACAAUGCCCUCAGACAAGAGCGUGGGCGUGGCUGACGGUUCCUUCAACACGUUCUUCAGCGAGACGGGCUCCGGCAAGCACGUGCCUAGGUCCAUCUUCGUGGACUUGGAGCCAAACGUCGUGGACGAGGUCCGAGUGGGCCCGUACCGCCAGCUGUACCACCCUGAACAGCUGAUCAGCGGCAACGAGGAUGCUGCCAAUAACUACGCCCGCGGUCACUACACCAUCGGCAAGGAGCAUAUUGACCUAGUCGUGGACCGCAUCAGGAAACUGGCGGACCAGUGCACUGGACUGCAGGGCUUCUUGCUUUUCCACAGCUUCGGUGGUGGUACGGGGUCCGGGUUCACGUCCCUGCUCAUGGAGCGGUUGUCCGUGGACUAUGGCAAGAAGUGCAAGCUGGAGUUCUCUAUCUAUCCAGCACCACAGCUGGCCUCGGCGGUGGUGGAGCCGUACAACGCCAUACUGACCACCCACACCACUCUGGAACACUCGGACUGUUCCUUCAUGGUGGACAACGAGGCUAUCUACGAGAUCUGUCGCAAGAAGCUGGAUGUGGAGCGACCUACUUUCCUUAACCUCAACCGGCUGGUUGGGCAGAUCGUGUCCUCUGUCACCGCUUCUCUGAGGGGAGACGUGGUACCCACUGACGUCAGUUCCGCCAUCGCCAACAUCAAGACCAAGCGCAGCAUCCAGUUUGUAGACUGGUGUCCUACUGGGUUUAAGGUUCGAGCUCUUUCGUCGUUUACUUACAACUUCCAUAGCUCACAAGAAAGAAACCCGAAGUUAAUAGCACUGUUAAUGUAAUAAUAACCACCGACCCCCUUUCCCCCAUCCCGAACCAAAUAUAGACCUCCUUCUCACAACUCCCCACACCCCCCAAUUCCCAACUUCAACUGAGUUAGUCUUAGUACGCAUAUAACAUCAUUGCCUGAAAGUGUGACGUUGUUGAAUGCCCCCCCCCUCCAACCUCUUCUUUUUUUCUCAGUAUUCAUGCCUGAAUCUGUAUGUCGUACUAUUUUCGUUUUCCUCUAAACGGCCGUUACAUUAUAUCAUUCGACGUGCUUCUCUUUCUCGUUCAUUCAUUCCCCUCGC